ACUGUCAAAAAUGAGAAAACAAUAAAAACUAAUAGUGUAAUGUGCCAAAAAUAUUUUAAUAAAAAUAGAAAUAGAUUUACCAUCAAUAAUGAGUGAUAAACAACGGCCAUGUUCAAACGAAGCUAUGAACAAAAUUAUUGGAAAUAUGACUGCAGAAAUGCAAAAUGUUGAUGGCCAAUAUAUUCCUUUAGGCUUUACUCCGCCACCAACUACAGAAACAGUAAAUUGGACACAGCAGCCAAAUGCAUACAUCAAUCAUUAUAAUGUACACAAUUCUGAACCCCAUAUUAGUCACGCCUCGAUGGACCAAUACCCACAGCAAACUUUUAAUUUCAUGUCCCAAGCGCCUCAUCUCUUUGAACCCAAUUCUUAUAAAAAAAAUGUAAACGAUCUCUCUGAUUAUGAUAUGUACAAAUCAAUGCAAAAUGGUACCCCUGACAUUGGUCUUUUUAAUACGGAUUAUACACUUCUUGUACCACAAAAUAUACAGCAUCAGAUUAACAACAUUCCUGAUCAUCAUGUGUUGCAUCAACAUCAAGAAUCAACCCCACAUUCAACAAAUCGUACUCAUUUAAUUGAAAAUUUAGUAGGCAAUUGGAUGGUGCCUAACAAUAGUGGUACAUAUUCACCUUUUGGAAACUCCGAAACAUAUAAACCUAAUGUAUUUGAUUUGCAAAUGGACAGAGAUGUGGUUGGUACGAAUGUAAUUCAUCAAAUAAUUGAUGAACCAAAAUUUAAGGCUCCUAUUGAACAACCACUGGAUGAUAUUCAAUUUCAAUUUAAUAGAGAUACAAGGAAACCUCGAAUGGUGGCCGAAGUUAAACCAAUGCGUCCAAGUUAUUCAGAUGUUUUAACAAAACCUGUUCCACAAACACUUAGCAAACCUAUUAAAAAUGAUGCAAAAGAAACUAAACCAAAAAAAGAAAACAAAAAGAAUACAAAAAGUGAUAAAUCACAAAAGGUAACUAAUUCCCUAAAUAGAAGUAAUACUAAUAAUGAUAUUAGAGAUAUUCCUGCAGAAAAAAAUUUAAUGCAUAUUAAAAAUGACAGGGCUAAAGCAUCUAAAGGUAAUAAUUUAAGUCGGAAAUGGGCUUCAUUGGAUAACAUUGCUGAUCCACAAAUUAAUAAAAUUGACGACUCGAAGAAAAAGAGAAAUGACGAUAAUAUAUAUAAUAAAAAUUUUUCAAAGUCGAGUUCACGAAAAUUAAAUAAAACUGUAAAUGAUGUUGCAGAUCUAGAUUCUGAGAGUGUUAAAAGUGAAAAUUUUAAUAGCACUAAAAAUGGUUUGAAAAAAAUUUCUAAGCCUAGUGCUAGACCCAAAUCUAAUGAUUCUUUUGGAAGCAAUGAAAGACCACCUGGUAAAAGAAAUCAAAGGACUAGAAAGAGGGAAAAUCAUGUUCCAUUUGGAAUUGUUGGACAAAAACUAAAGCAGUAUACUAAAGGCUGGUGGAAAAUAUUUGUAGUUUUUAUUUUAUGGCUUUUUCAUUUGAUCUCUGAUAUAUGCAGUUUAAGUAUGCACAUUAGUCAUGAUAUAGCUGCUAAUUCAUGGUCCUGGUUAUGUUUCCAUUGGACCAUAUUUCUCGAAUCCAGUUAUUCUAUAAUACAAAGGGUUCGUCUCUUUACAUGGAUUUGGGAAAAGUUUAAAGGGCGCAAAAAAUCGGAUCCCACUGAGGAUAGUCAUAAUUUUGUCCAUAAUGGGCUUCUGCAUAAUAUUAACAUGCCUACAACGGGAGAUGAAGCAAUGAAAAGAUUACUAGCCUGCAAGGGAAAGGAUCCGUACAGUAUAUUAGGGGUUACGCCAACUUGCACUGACGAUGAUAUCAAGAAAUAUUAUAAGCGACAGGCUUUCUUGGUACAUCCUGACAAAAACAAUCAGCCUGGGGCCGAGGAAGCUUUUAAAAUAUUAGUGCAUGCUUUUGACAUGAUUGGUGAACCUGAAAGAAGAGCUUCUUAUGACAGAGGUGUAGUUGAGUCCGCUCAAGUAGUUCAAGCCUGGAGUGAACUGACGGAGCUUCUUCAACAGCUUCAGCAGAAAGUUGAGGCAGCUGCAAACACUAUUAGAUGUAGCGCUUGUGGUCUAAGGCAUAAAAGAAUCAAAAUAGAUAGACCUAGCUAUGCUGCCCGUAACUGCAACUCUUGCAAAAUUCAUCAUGCUGCAAGGGAAGGUGAUAUAUGGGCAGAAGCCAAGGUCUUCGGCUUUCUAUGGCAUUAUUAUGCCUGUAUGGAAGGUUCAGUAUAUGACAUAACAGAGUGGGCGGGCUGUCAGAAAGAUAGCUUAAAGCAUCUUAGGCCUGAUUCGCACCAUGUACAGUACAGAAUUGCUUUAGGGAAACAAAAUAACCAACCUAGAAGGAAUACUGCCACUACCCAUGGCGAAAGACCUGAUUUAGAAAAUUUACUUAACACGUUAUAUGGACAAAACGAUAGUACCCAAGGCACACGUCGUAGAAAUAAGAAAGCCAAUAAAUGAUUUUAUUUUAUUCCUUAUAUAAGCAAACAUUUUAUUUUGCGAAAACGCUACCCUAUUAUGUAAUUAAUU